AUGUGCAUCUCCGAAGGCGUUGGUCGCCUGUAUCCCAGCCUGCCGGCGUUCAUUUUCAAUCACGCAAUGAUACAUAGUAAGUUGGAAGUUCAGCCGAGGUCGCCCUUCUGCCCAAGACUGCGCAGUGAGGAGGGAUAUGGAAAGCGGCGUCUCUACGACGGGUCUGAUGUCGCUGAGUCUAACGUGAGUGUGCUCGUGCAGCGCGCUAGGAGCCAGUGUACGGCAGAGCCAAACUUCUUUGUUGAUGUGUACGUAGUGUCGUCCACGCGGCGAUCGGAGCGGGCCUCACGCGCACGGCAACGGCGGUGGGGAAUGCAGCUUUUACAGACGCCGUACAGGGUAGUGAAUGUGCAGGACGCCGUCAGAAGUGCCGUUCCGCUUAACAAGCACAGUUGGCUGUUUCUCGUGUCCACCGCCUCCCAAUGUAUCUACGUCGGGGCAAUCCCUCCACGGCCACUUAAGAUCAACGCUGUAACUGGUGGCUUGACGCGGUUCGCACCAGAGAUCUCUGCUGUUAUAACCAACACGGACAGCAGCUCUUCCGUUGCAGAGCGUGGCGGCACCUGUAACGGGCCAUACGCACCGAUGUCCGCAAAUGAGCCGAAUCACAUGGAAUACCCGCGCAUUCUGUGGACGCAAAAGGAAACGGCCUGUCAGCAGCUGAUGGCGCGUUCCCUUGAUGUCGAUAUGGCUCCCGAGACACGGAGCCGCCUUCAAGCUCACGUUGUCGUCACACUUAGGAUGAAGGAAAGCAAGUACUACCUCUGCGUGUGCGUCCUGGUAUGGACGCUGGCAAUCGACAAUAUGGUGCGCGCGGGCGACGCGACGGCAGAAGAAGCAGCAGAAAGGGAGGUGGAGGCCGUCGCGGAGCUUCCAGUCGCUGACGUGUCGGCCACCGAAGAUGAAUUUGUAGCCGAUGCCCCGGAUGGGAUGUAA